AUGUUGCCUUUAGGGCGGCGGCGAGCUGGCGCCCUCACACCAUUGACCCUUUUCCUGGGUUUAAUCCUCGUCUUUGCGAGCACAGCCAGUGCAGCAGUACUUGGAAUCGAUUUUGGAACACUCAACAUCAAAGCCGCGCUGGUCAAGCCGGGUACGCCAUUAGACAUUGUUUUGACCAAGGACUCGAAGCGGAAAGAGGUCGCCGCUGUAGCAUUCAAGCCGAAUCGCGAUGAGAAGAACAAGAUCGUCACAGAGGAGGGCACGUACCCGGAGCGAGCGUAUGGCGGCGAUGCUCUCUCCCUCCAAGGCCGUCUACCUGGCGAGGUCUUUCCCAACUUGAAGCUGCUGCUCGGACUACAGCCUGGCGAAGAGGGAGCGAAGACGGCACAGAUUUAUCAACAACGGUAUCCUGCGCUUCAAAUGGAGUCCGCGGCAGAAUUGGGCACGACAGUAUUCAAGAGCGGCGCAUUCGCUGAGGGAGUGGCGCCGUUCAGCGUGGAGGAGUUGGUCGGCAUGGAAUUGGCGAACAUUCGACGAAACGCAGAGCUCAUGGCUGGACGAGGCAGUGUGGUUGAACAUGCUGUCAUUACCAUCCCAGCCUUUUACACCGCCGACGAGAAACGCGCAUUGAUCAAGGCUGCUGGGUUUGCCGGACUUACGGUAGAUGCUCUCAUCUCCGACGGUAUGGCGGUCGGUAUGGAAUACGCAAAGACGCGCACCUUCCCGGAAGUCACCAAGGGUGAGCAACCCGAGUACCAUCUGGUCUACGACAUGGGCGCUGGAUCUGCAACUGCAACCUUGAUGCGCUUUCAAUCGAGAAGCGUGAAGGAUGUUGGACGUACCAACAAGACUGUACAAGAAGUUGCCGUUGUGGGCGUUGGCUGGGACAGGACGCUUGGUGGAGACGCGCUGAAUACUGUUAUCAUGGAGGAUUUUGUCGAGAAGCUGCUCGCAAAGCCUGAUGUCAAGAAACGGGGAACCACACGAGAGGAGAUUACAUCAAAUGGACGUCUCAUGGGCCGCUUCUUCAAGGACGCCGAAAAGGCCAGACAUAUUCUCAGCGCCAACACCGAGACCUCAAAUGGGUUCGAGGAGAUUCUGCCCGACAUUGAUCUUCGGACGAAGCUCACUCGCGUCGAAUUCGAGAAGAUGACUUCCGACUUUGCGGGRCGUGUCAGCAAGCCAAUCACGGACGCACUGGCAAUGGCAAAGUUGAAGGUUGAGGAUCUCAACUCCCUCAUCGUUCAUGGAGGAGCUGUCCGAACACCUUUUGUGCAGAGCAAGCUUGAAAGCGCAGUUGGCGCGAGCAAGAUCAGGAGCAGCGUCAACCCGGACGAAGCGGCAGUGUUCGGUGCUGCCUUCAAGGCCGCUACACUAUCACCCAGCUUCAAGGUCAAGGAAAUUAGAGACUCGGAUCUUGCUGGUUACGCCACAAGUCUAAAGUAUACAGACAAAGGCAAGGAGAGAAAGCAACAGCUUUUCACACCCAGCUCACCAGUUGGCUGGGGCGCCACCACCAAGCAGGUGGCCUUCAAGGACAAGGAGGACUUCUCUUUUGGAUUUGUUCAGACCGUCGGAGACGUCGAUCGCCCAUUGAUCACAGUCAAGUCAGAGAACCUGACUGCGUCUGUACAAGAGCUCACGACCAAAUUUGGCUGCGACAAGGACGAAAUUAACACCAGGUUUGGCGUGCGUUUAAGUUCACAAUUCGGUCUUCCCGAAGUUUCUGGAGGAACCGUCAGCUGUGAGGUCGAUGAUAGCAAGUCUGGAAGCGUUGGCGAAUCAGUCAAGGGCUGGCUCGGCCUUGGCAAGAAGAAGGACCAGGAGCCGCUGAGCGAUGAAGAGGCCGAUGGACCCGUGGAGGAGGUCGACGCUUCUUCAACCACAUCCGCUGCUAGCUCCUCUUCCGACGCUGCAUCUGCUUCGAAGUCUCCCGAGCCACCAAAGAAGCGUACCGAGACUGUGCAUGUUCGUGUCUCCGCAAGCGCUGAGGGGAGUGCUCAAUCGGACAACGACUUCUUCGUCAGAUCUACCCAGCGUCUCAAGGCAUUCGAUGAGUCGGAUCAAGCGCGGUAUGCCCGUGAUGAGGCCCAAAAUGUCCUCRAAGCUUACACAUACUCUGUCCGCGACUUCCUCGAGAAUUCGGAUUACGACAGCUUCGGCACCAAGGCGAUGCGUCAAGAGAUUAGCAAACUGCUGCAGAGCACCCGCGACUGGAUGGAGUCUGGUGAGAUUUCCAAGGCAACGACAGAAGUGUUGAAGGAGAAGCGUACUGCGCUUCGCAACCUCGUUGAGCCCAUCAAGACUCGCAAGACGGAAGAAGGCAAACGUCCAGCUCUUGUGAAGUCGCUCCAGAAGACGCUCGACGACACUCAGAAGCUCAUUCUCAAGGUUCAAGGCGAGGCCGAAAAGGCCAGCUCCAGCGUGGCCAAGGCUCUCUCAAGCAUGGCCUCGACAACAAGCAGUGCUUCUGCCCCAGCAUCUUCAGACGUUGAUGACUUGGACGAUGCAGAACCGAGUACCAGCACUGAGGCGCCUGCAACGCCAACGAAUGCAUAUGAGAAUCUCAACUUCGACAAAGUACAAGAGACAUACGACUCCAUUUCCAAAUGGCUGGUCUCGACCAAUGCCGAGCAAAGCAAGCUGAAACCUCAUCAAGAGCCUGUCCUCCUCAUCCGGGAGCUCGAGAACAAGGCCAAGGAAAUGAGCACCGCGAUGAAGGAAUUCUCCGCCGCCGCAAAGGAGGCGAGGAAACCUCCCAAGCCAGCACCUAAGCCUAAAGCAAAGCCCACCAAGAAGCCUGCCAAAUCCGCGGCAAAGGAUAAGGCGGCUGAUGUUCCUGUAGGUGAUGAGGAAGAGGUGAGGAUUCCCCAGAAGGGAGAGGAAGGUUACGAGGAGUUUGAAAAGGGCUAUGAGCAAUUCAAACAGGACAAGUUCAGGGAAAUCAACAUUGAUGAUCUGUUGAAGAUGGGCAAGGAAGGCAAGGGCGGCGAGCAGGCUGCGGAUGAUACCAUCAAGCAUGAAGAGCUAUAG